UAGUGGGUAAAGUUGUAUUCGAUGAUUUGUUGCUUUAACCUAAUUAAUGGAAAAGGCCAUGUCCUUCUUCAUUAGAAUUAAGCCAUUCUUUGUUUUUAAGUCACGAGACCCACACUGCGCCAUUGUUGAUAUCAAUAAGAGAGAGAGAGAGAGAGAGAGGGAGAGGGAGGGAGGUCCAGAGUGGAAUGGCAGAGGAACUGAUAGAGAACUUUCAAAGCUCUCUAUUCCUUCGUCCAUCACUACUCCAACUAUAGCCUCUAUAUUGCGGUCUUGAACUGGAAGUCUUGCAAUUUAUUAUUAUUUUUUUCAGAACCUUAGUUUUUCAUCUUCCCGAUCUUUAAAGAGUGUUUGCCUCAUAUACAUUUCUUUUUUGUCUCCCUCUGUCGGUACCAUGAGAACAGAAGAGAACCCAUUAGACCUCAACAAUUUGCCAGAUGACUACUCUAGGGAUGGUAAACAAGUCCUCGAAGACACCUCCUCAGGUUGCAGGAAAAAGAAAAGCGGAGGGAAGGAUGGAAAAGAAGAGUGUGGUAAGGUCUACGAGUGUAGGUUUUGUUCCCUCAAGUUCUGCAAAUCUCAGGCUCUUGGUGGUCACAUGAACCGCCAUCGCCAAGAAAGGGAAACCGAGACUCUUAACCAUGCUCGUCAACUCGUUUUCCGAAACGAUCAUUCCAUAGCCGCCCAGUUAGGGUGCUGCCAACCAGUAGUGGCAGGGAGCUACAACAACAACAACGUAGGAGAUCCAACAACGUCUCUGAGAUUUCCCAGAUACUUGUCUGCUUCUUCAUCUUCAUCAUCACCUUCUCAUGCCCCUCAUCAGUCAUACCUGUACGCCUCGUCCUCACAACCAGUCUCGUCCUUUCCUUCUCACCACCACCACCACCACCCAGUGAUCAGCGAUUACUAUGUGGGUCACGCCCUUCACAAUCACAACUACGUGGCAAGCAGUACUGGCGGCGGCGGCGAGUCUGGUUACACCUCCAUCGGUGCACCGGUGGGCCAUGUGUUCGGUGGCGGGGACGACGGCUCACUGCAUAUUCAUGAGGAGGAUGGGUUGAACCCGGGUCGACACAGCUAUUCUGCAGUAUAUCAGCACCGUGCAGAUCCUCCUUCGGCGAUCAAUCGGUUUCAAGACGGAUUUUAAUAUCGAAGGAGCAAGAUUCUCUGAGUCAUAGCUUUCUGUUUCACUGAACUUGUUAAUGGGCCGGGGUUUAAAUCAAGUUUGAGAAGCCUGUAAACAUUAUUAUAAAAUUUAAAUUUGAAAUGCAUGGUGGAAUGACAGAGACAGGAAAUAGAGAGAAAUGUAAAAACAAGAGUUAAGGAUGAUGAGAAAGAUACGGUAUCGAGAGGGAGAGAGAGACUUAACGAGCUAAGCUGACAGAUGUGGUUUCGGGGCUAAUGAAGGAGGAGGAGGAGAGAGAGAGAGCAGGACAGCUUUUGAGGUCAUCGGCUUUGUUUGGAUGGGAGCUAAAAGAAGGGGGGGCUUUGUUUCUCAUUUCAAUUGGUGUGUAGUGUGUACUAUUCACUGUGCCAAAGGGUAACUAAUGCCGGUUAGGCAACAAGUUGGAUAUCAACCCAAUGUUUUUGCUUU